CAAACACACACUCGCACACACACCAUACCCUUACACGCGUUCACACACAAACAGCCGCUGCGUGUUGAAGCAAGCCUCUGCGUGCUCUCUGCGCCGUUCCCCGGUUACCGAGAAGCGGCUGUUUUAAUUCUGCAGUCUACGUCGAGCCCGGUCGUGACAAGAGUUUGGACUCGGCUGAAGGAGGAGUGAGCGGCGGUAGAAGAAGGUUGUGUCCUGUCUGAAGCACACACUCCUUCUGACACACGGCUGACAGCAUGAGACGGAAGGGCUGAGAGAGUGUACAAGACCUAGAGAUCUUAGGACUCACCCAGGCAAAAGGAAUUCUGUGGUUGGUCCCCUGCUAUUCUGCAGCUGUGUCGGAGUCAGUUAAUGUUCUUCAGCUUUGCAAGUAAAAGGGAGUUCCUCCUAUGUGUCAUUGCACAGUGAAUGACUCCAGACCAGGGCAAUGUGAAGCCUUCAUUGGCCUCAGAUAAGGCCCCUGGGGCUGUUCUGUGGAGUUAUUUGUGAUCCCCCUGCUGGAUCUUCCGCUGUCACCAUCCUCCAUGGCUGUCAUUAGUGGCUAAUGAGCGGCUGCUAAAAAGGAAGUGGAGAAGGUGCCCGUGGAGAGAGGCGGAACCGUACAGCUGUUAUUAAGAGGCCCAGGAAUCUCAGACAAGAUUCAAGAGAGCUUUAAAAGCAUGAAGGGAUAUGAACUUUGGACUUUGUUGUUUUAAUUUCCUUUUAGUUGUCAAUUGCACUUUUAUUUAAUUUGGUGUCAGCAUUUAAUGUGUGGGGAAACUGUCAAAAAGGACAUUUUUCAGCAAGAUGAUUCAGUAUUUAAACAUAGAUUUUCCAUUCUCAUACAAGUGAAGAAACUAAAUUUUUAAACUGAGUAUGAAUUUUUGUUUUUAAAUAAUUUUUUUUAACCUUCCUAUGACCUGAGGAAAAUCUGUCACCAUGGCAGCAGCCUAUCGUGUAGUUGUUAGCAGUGUCAGCUGCUACAACAGUGUGGUGGUGGACCGACGUACCCACUCCCAUGCUGUGCACUACUGCUCAGGGCCAUGUGGGGCACUGUCCCAAGGCCUUGACUGUACUAUUGCACAUCGUGGCACUUGCUCUGAGCUCCUUGUUGCCCCUGACCCUUCAUAUACUGAUUUCAGCAGCUCACCUAUACACUCUCGUAACAUGAUCACUAAGCAACUUCCUCACCAUAGUAAACUUUGUGUUUCUAUGGAUACUACUCAUAAUGGUGGUCUUGAGAGGGCGGGCAGCAGUGGUAAUUUGUCUUUAGGGGAGGACAGCCCCACAUGGCGUGGUAAAAAGACCCCCAGUGGUGGAGGAUCGACUGGGAACUUGAGCUCUUUUGGCAGCUUGAAGGACAUUACUGAAGAGGCCAUAAACCUGGCCAGCGGUAAGCUCAAAGAAUUUUCUUUUGACAAGCUCCGCCUCUCCUCCUCUAGCCAUGUCACCCUCCGUAAAGGUCGGAAGGUUCGCCCUGAUUCUUUUAGCCGUCGGUCCACUGACCUGGAGAUCAUCUAUGGCCACUUCAGCUCCAACCUAACAACAAACACAACAAAUAUUACCAUGACAAAUGGCAUGACUUCUUCCAAUGAUGAGAACCUGCCGCCAUUUGUGUUAGGGAAAGGAGCAGGAACCGAGGAGCCAAAGGUGAAGGGCAGCUCAGGCACGUUGUCAGCUGUCACAAAAAUGGGUGGUGCCUCAACAAGCAGCCUCUCAAGUAUUGCAUCAUUGGACCAGAGUUUGAACACAGUGGCCUCCUUGUAUCGCAGCACGCUAGGAGAGGAGAACCUAAUUGCCCGUCUCCUGGAGAAGACGCGAGCAGAGGCUGCCACUGGGGGAACAGGUGGGGAGGACAUUCGGGCCUGCCUUGACAUCCUACUUAAAUGUUCUGAAGACCUAAAGAAAUGCACUGACAUCAUCAAGCAGUGCAUUAGACGCAAAGCUGGCGGGGGGCCAGAGGAUGGAGGAGCAAAUCCUGACAGUGUCUAUCGAGCUGUGAUGACCCGUCUGAGCUCCUAUCUGAAGAGACUUCCUCUAGAGCUGGAAGGGAUUGGAAAUUUAGGAGGCAGUGGACAGGGUAGUCAAGGAACACCUGGAAGCGGGCACAGUGAUCUGGCUGAGCUGGUCAACACCCUUCACUCCAUCCAACAGGGACCCUUCUCUCCAAUAUUUGGCAAUGAGCAGCCUCCUCGUUAUGAAGAUGUGGUGCAGUCGCCCCCAAUCCCAAAGACUAUUACACUCUCUGCAUCUUCAGCGCCAUCCUCUGUUUCAUCUUCCACAUCUUUGAAAUCAGAUUCCAUCCAUACCAAACCAGUCCAAAACUCAGCUCACUCAAAAGCUACUCCACUUACCAAUGGACUGCUACAUCCACAAACUCUGUCUCCACCCUCCAUCACAUGCUCUCCUUCUAGUUCUUCUCCAACACACUCCCCCUCUCCUCUUCGUACCUCCCCAACACCGCCAUACACACAAACUCCUCCAGCAUCCCCCAUGGAAGUGCUUUAUAUAGAAGAAGAGGAAGCAGAUAUGGGAAAGACCCCAGAGCGCCUCAACAAUUUCCAAAACAAAAAUGGGAAUAUGUUGGGGCAGCUUCUGCACCAGCCUCCCACACAUCAUAGCUCUUCAAAUAAUUUGCCAGCUAGCUCUGGCUACAUCCCCACUUGGCCUAUGUCCACCUCAUUAACAGUCUCAACACCUAAAGCUACUUCUCAUAGAAAUGAUGACAUUGACAAGCUACUGAUGGACUUGGAGAAUCUGUCUCAGAGUAUGAGCCACCCCAGAAAUGCUGACCCUCCACUUCCAGCUAAGACCAGGAAGAGAGAGGGAGGCCAGAGGGUCACCUCCAACGAAUCUUUCACUCAGCCCAACAUGGCCCAGUUCCAAGUCCAGAAACCAGUCAGCCACCUAACCAUGAAUGGUCUUAGUUCCAGGGCGCCCCAGAGUCUCGUUAUUCCCCAGGGAGAGAGUCCUGAAGCCGUGGCUGGAGAAGAGGAGGAAGAUGGAGCUCUGUUGUUAAGAAUUCUAGAGAGCAUAGAGAGUUUUGCCCAAGAGCUGGUGGAUUCUGGGGCAGGGAGUACAGGGAGUGCUGAGAGGAAAUGUGGAAAGGAGCAGGAGGUAAUGAGACUCCUGCAAGAUACACUGGCCACUGCUGGCAGGGCUGAUACACCUGUGGAGAACACAAAUCCACCAGCUGCUUCAACUGCUCCAUCCGGAAACACAGAUAUAGUCCUGGCUAUGCAAACAAAACACACCCAGGCAAAUACACCAGCAGUUUCAUCUGCACCAACACCCAUACCUGCAGUAUCUGAAGUUGAGUGCGAUGCAGUUGCAAUAGAAUCUACUUCUAAACCUACACCUGAACCAUUGCCUACACCAGCUUCAGUUCUAGAUAAUAUUACAGAAGUCUCCACAAGUGAGGUUCAUACAGAAUCCACCCCUGCACCUGAAGUUGCUGCAAGCUUCCAUUCUUCCACCAGCACAGAUGAACCUACACCUGUGGUCUCACCUGAAGCUCCAGCUGCAGAAGCCACAAGAGAUGCUGCAGUAAGCGUUGCAGAGCCUGCUGCUGUAAAAGACGCUGGUUCAACCCUUCUCAUCCAGCAGACUCCAGAAGUGAUCAGAGUCCAGUCCAAACCAGAGAAGAAACCAGGGACACCUCCGCCAGCACCUGCUACAGCCACACCGGCUCCCACACCACACUCACCCAGCCCUCCUCUAGCUCCUGCGAUAGUCACCCCUCCUCCUCCGGCCAUUAACAUUCCCAGGUUCUACUAUCCCCGUGGGCUCCCUGCCCUGGGCCCGGCUGCCAACCACGACGCAACCAUUGCUGCCAUUGAAGCAGCCUUCACCGAGUUCGAGGAGGAGAAGGCUGACAUUUAUGAAAUGGGCAAGAUUGCGAAGGUUUGUGGGUGUCCACUUUACUGGAAGGCCCCCAUGUUCUAUGCAGCAGGUGGUGAGAGGACGGGUUUUGUGUCCGUUCACUCGUUUGUUGCAACAUGGAGGAAGUUGUUGCACAGUUGCCAUGAUGAUGCAUCAAGGUUUAUUUACUUGCUAGCUAAACCUGGCUGUAACUAUUUGGAACAGGAAGACUUUAUUCCUCUACUGCAGGACACUGUGGACACACAUCCUGGGCUUACGUUUCUAAAGGAUGCACCUGAAUUCCAUUCUCGCUACAUAACAACGGUGAUCCAGCGGAUAUACUACAUAGUGAACCGCUCGUGGACGGGUCGCAUCACCAUGAUGGAGAUGCGCAGAAGCAACUUCCUCCAAACUCUGGCUCUGCUGGAGGAGGAGGACGACAUCAACCAGAUUACUGACUACUUCUCCUAUGAACACUUCUAUGUCAUCUACUGCAAGUUUUGGGAGCUGGACACCGACCAUGACCUGUACAUUGAUCCCAAAGACCUGGCGAGAUACAAUGAUCAUGCAUCCUCAAACAGAAUCAUAGAUAGAUUGUUCUCAGGGGCCGUUACUCGGGGUAACGCUGUGCAGAGAGAAGGCAGGAUGAGCUAUGCUGAGUUUGUCUGGUUCCUCAUUUCAGAGGAGGACAAGAAAAAUCCUACCAGUAUAGAAUACUGGUUCCGCUGCAUGGACGUGGAUGGGGAUGGUGUGUUAUCCAUGUUUGAGUUGGAAUAUUUUUAUGAGGAACAGUGUGAGAGGAUGGAACGGAUGGGCAUCGAACCUUUGCCUUUCCAGGAUUUGCUCUGCCAGAUGCUCGACCUGGUGAAACCUGAGAAUCCAGGUAAGAUAACCCUGGGGGAUCUGAAGCGCUGCCGAAUGGCUCACAUAUUCUUUGACACGUUCUUAAACCUGGAGAAAUACCUGGACCAUGAACAGAGAGAUCCAUUUGCUGUGCAAAAGGACAUUGAUAGUGAAAGUCCAGAGCCAUCUGACUGGGAUAAAUAUGCUUCAGAAGAGUAUGAGAUACUGGUAGCAGAGGAGACGGCGAAUGAACAACUACAUGAAGGGUCAUUUGAUGAUGACUAUGAAUCAGAGGAGCUUCAAGUCCCUGGAGAUAUUGGGAAUAAAAUGGACAAACUGGUCAUAUCAGACUUGUCAGCAUAAAAGUCCACACCCAUUAUACAAGAAGACUUUGCUAUCAAAGACCCUGGACUCCCCUCAUAAUUGAGAUUUUACAUCUCUCUCUGUGUGUGUGUGUGUGUGUGUGUGUGUGUGUGACCAUAAAACAGUCCUGUUCUCUGUGUGGUGCAGUAAUGCAUCAGUAUUCACCCAGAAAACCAAAACAAUGUCACUGCCUACAGCUCUUUGAUCCAUCUAAGAGAACAAAGCCAGUGAUGGAGAGAGAAAAGUUUGUGAGAGGCUCUUAAAGAAAAAAAAACUUCUUAACCGUAAAAUAACAUGUUGUGAAUUAUCUACUGAUAAAUCUGUAAGAAGACAAUCUUUUUUGUUAAUGUUUUAGUGCCAAAUGUAGGCUGACAGGUAGACUGUCAGUUACACAGACUUUAAGCUGAAAAACGAGUUAUAAAAUGAUAAUAAAGCUGCUGCCUUUGAAGAUUAACAGUAACCAGUCAGCUGCUCAGAUACAUGGAGUGCAUGUAGACACUGCCCUCAGAAACAUGCUGUCCGUGCAGCUUGUCUCUGUGUUUCUUGUAAAGGAAGUCGUUAACACUUGAGUCCCCUCAGGGAGAGGUCAUGUAACAGUUCGGGUGGUUGUAUCAGCACCUCCUCUCUGUGGCUGGUAUGCGCUACUGCAUGCCAUCACUGGAGCUGCGUGGUGCAGGAAGGCUGAAGAACAUUUCCACGUUUCAGUUCAGCUCACUGCACAGCCUGAGCUGCUCUAUUAUUAGUGCAGCAUUAUCAGCACUCUGUGUCUGGACUCCAUGUCUGGAGUCAUGGACUGUGGCGUUCAAGCUCUCUCAGUGAGAUUACAGUGGGAGAAAUGCAUGUAAAGAAGAGGCAAGCUGUCAUAUCAAACUCUCUGGUAGGGUUGUCCAAACAUUUCCACUUGUAACAUCGGUAAUAACAAAAUAGAUGUGUCUAGGGUUUGUCCAUUGUUCCUGCCUGUAACAUGUUUUCCUACAUCCUUGUUUUCUGGCAUGCACACUUUAACAAGCAGAAGUGUAGAAUAGAAACUUUAAGGCUUAGCGGCAAUAGUCAGAGAAGAGUGCUAACAUAACUCCAUCAUACAAGCAACUCGGGAUUAUUGCUCAUUGCUAAAGAGGAAAGGGGCUUUUUAAAAAAAAGGAAAAAAAACUAUUUUCUGUAACAAUCCCAUUUCACCCUUUAUGUUUUAACCAUCUAAAAAUUAAGCUUUUUUUCACUUUUUUGUUAAAUGUGUACAGUGCAUGGUAAUAACUUUGAUCUGUUAUUGUUAUUUAAGUCAAAAUGUUUGUUUUUCUCUGUUCAUUUGCUUCUAAAGCAAAAUUUGUGUAUGGAACUUCCUGAUGUCUAUUUUUUUACUGUAGCUCACAAAAUCCACAUCACUUAAGAUGCCUCUGAAUAGAUUACCUAAACUAGAAAAAAAACUCAUAACUUGUGGUAUCCCACCAGGAUUAUUUUUUUUCCUUUUGCUUAUUAGCGAUGCUGUAUGUUUAAUAUUUCAGCCUGCACCCCAUUACAUUUAAAAAUGAAAAAUGAAUGUCCUUUCAGUAUUAAAAAUGGAUUAUCAGACUUUUUCCUUCUUCAGUUUAUGGUUUAUUUUAAACAGUUUUUAUCAUAAAUUCUCAACAUAAUUCUAAAGUUUGGUCGCUGUAACUUUAAGUAGACCACAGAACAAGUUGAAUCUUGAAAUCUGUAAAUAGAAUAAAAAGGCAGACAACUGCAAGGUUUGAUACCACUAAGUUGUUUUUUUUUUCUUCUUCUUUCUUAAAAGAAAAUCUCAUUAAGCUCCAUUAUUUAAUGUGCUGCACUCGCAGGGACAGGUACCUGUGUGCACACUCCACCCACUGUAAAAGGAGCAUGUGUCAGCGUAUAAAUCACUGAUUGAGAAGUGUGUUUUUAUGAGACUUUCUUUGUGUAGCUAUCAGUUUUAGGCUGCUGGGUUUGUGUGUGUUUGUAGUGCUCGUGUUUGGAAUUGUGGCCUCAGAUUACCUGGAAUAUACCUCCUCUGCCAACACCUACUGUACACACACGCACACACAAAGGAGUAAAAUCUUUAUGGAAAGGGAGAAAGAGAGUUCCCCUCUUCUGCUUGAAACUGAUUGUAAAUCUGUCUUACUGUAUAUUAAACUUUAACAGCUGUAAUGAUAAGCCAUUCUAGCUAUAAUAACCCUGUUUUAUUUUAUUUUAUUUUUUUUAGUGUUGUGGCUUGUAUUGCUGUGCCACUGUGUGGCUUGGGAAGGGGGGUAAAUUAUGUUAGAUGCGUGUAUAUUUGUGUUUUUGUAGUGUGGUGGAUUUUAUCCACAGAAGUGGAUUAAAUCUUCUGUCUCUUCCCAACCUGACAAUCACAAAAUGAUAUGAGAUGGAUCUCAUACAGAAACCUUCGAGGCUGAUGUUUCACUGCCGGGGUCACACACAUACACACUUAAACACCCAGACAGUAUUUACAAAGAACUUUGAAAGACAAUGAAAGACAACUUUUUAGCUCUAUGCAAAGUGUCCCGGUGCUUACAUGACACACCGUGCAAGGAGAGAAGCCAUGUAGGACUUAAACUCUGAUAUAAAUCUUCACAGGGAAAUGUAGAAAAAAAAGACUUAUUUUGAUUUACUUCUUCUUGCACAGGGGAGACAUGAGGAUGAGAUGGAUUGCUAAUUGUGCUGGUUGUAUUGGAAGGGUUGCCCUUCUUCCAUCCUUUCAGUUUCUUUUUAUUUUCUUUUUCUUUCUCUCUCUCUUUCUGUCCUUUUGUCAUGUCACCUGUUACUUGUCUGAAGUUUAAAAUAAAGUUUAAUAAAGAUGUUUCGAGAAAAUUCA